AUGGGAGACAACUUAGUUAAAAAAAUAGUAUUUAAUAUAGUAUUUAAUAAAUUUAAAUUCUUAGUUAUAUUAUUUAGUCUCUAUAAUAUACUAUAUAUUAGCUACUUUAUAGUAGUAUACCUUAAUAAUAUCCUUAUUUUCUUUAAGAAUAUUAAUAAGCACUGCUAA